GCGGCGUCUGUCGUGCCCGCUCGCCGCGUCCGGUGCGCGGCGGUUCUGGAAGGAUCCCGGCAGCGGGGCCCGGCGGCGAGGCCCGGGCGGGCGCGAUGUCGGGGCUGCUGCACACCACGCUCAGCGGGCUCAACAGCGACUCGUACUGCGAGAUCAGCCAGUACCGGGACCAGCACUUCCGGGGUAGCAGGCAGCUACAGGAGAAAUCCCUGAAGAUUUCCUCCACGCUGUAUGUCGGUAACCUGUCCUUCUACACCACCGAGGAGCAGAUCCAGGAGCUCUUCUCCAAGUGCGGAGAUGUCAAGAGGAUUGUCAUGGGUCUGGACAAGAUCAAGAAAACCCCCUGUGGCUUUUGCUUUGUAGAGUACUACACGAGAGCAGAUGCCGAGCAUGCCAUGCGGUUUAUCAACGGCACGCGGCUGGACGACCGCAUCAUCCGCACAGACUGGGAUGCAGGGUUUAAGGAGGGGCGACAGUAUGGGAGAGGAAAGACUGGAGGACAGGUUCGAGAUGAAUACCGGACAGACUACGAUGUGGGAAGAGGUGGCUUUGGCAAGAUCAUUCAGAUGCAGAAGGCAAAUCACCAGCCUGCAAUCUAUUAAUUGCCUCAUGGCUCCUAGCUCAUAGAGGGCUCUGUCCUUCCAGAGCUAGCCUGUUCUCACAUUUGGGAUCGGGGUAUGGAGUGAGAUCCAAGUUCCAGCAAAAGGUGACUCUUCUUAGACCGUGGAUAUACAUGUGUUCAUUCUCCCUUCUUUCUGAACUAGAGAGGAUGUUCUGUGAUGAUACAGGGCAACAAGGGGAAAAAAUGGACAGCUCUGUAGGAUUCUGUGCAAGAAGAAAUGCAGCAUGUCACACACACCUUAUGCUAUGACAUACUCUUCGUGUUGCACUUAAGCAGGUGGCUUCCUCCAAGCUGCAGCUGUAGCCGUGGUUGCUUUCAAAUGGAACUUCUUUAAAGGCUUACCACCAUUGGAGCCCUCCAGGUGCCUGGGCACCUAGUGAGGGUGCAGGACAGAGUCAGGUUUCUAAUUUACAGCCUCACCUGCUUAAUAAACAGUAUCACUGUUUAAAUGAGAGAAGUGGACAAAGUCUUAUCAUCCACUUGUCAUCGACUUAGCAAGUCCACUUAGCAGGUGAUAACGACGUAGCAAGUCUUAUCAUCCACUUAAAACUUAGCAAGUCUUAUCAUCGACUUGCUUAUCUGCACAUCUAGCCCUUGGGUUGGUCAGGGCCUGCAGAGCAUUUCUAUUUAUGAUGCCCCCAGUGCUGCCUGGCUUUUCAGAUCCUCACUGUUCGGUGUGAUUUUGUUAAAAGCUUCUGUUAAUUUUUUAAAUAAACAGUUGUAUUGGGUCUGA